UCGCUUUUAACAACAAAUUGUUUUGUUUAGAAAAAUUCAAAUUGAAAAAAUGUGUGUGGCGUUUUUAUGCUGAAAUUGUUGUAAUAAAUUUCUAAUAUCUAUCUAACUGUAGUAAAAAUAUAUUUAAUCGCUUGCAACGAAACUCAGUAGCGACAACCAACGACAGCGGCGUUCGUGUGUAGUGAAGUGUCGUGGAAAAUUACGCAUAGCGGUAUUUCUGAAGCACAAAAAUCGAAAUUCGAGUGAUUUGAGAAACUAAAAUUUUCUGUCAUUGUGCGAGAGACACGUGAAAUAUUUUUCCAAAUUCUCGAAAUCAAUAAUGGCCACCUUCGAAUUCGACAUACGCCACUUGUUUCCGCAGCCCAUUGUGAAGGUCACCUCAACACUACUGCCGCACACCUUUCACGGCCAGCAACAGCAAGCACUUGAAGCCACCGCCAAGAUUUCGGCAAUUAUCGAUCGUUUGGGCGAGCUCUCCGCGAACGCACAGAAGCUGAACAAACCGAUUACAACCGCACAGAAACUACGCCAGUCGGACAAUCAAGUCGUCUACCUAAUGGCGGAUGUGGCAAAAGGCAGCGAACGCGGCGAUGAGGUUGUGGGUCUUUUGAAAAUCGGCACCAAAGACUUGUAUCUGUUCGAUGAACUUGGGCAGGCGCGUAAAGUGGACAACGUGCCAUGCAUAUUGGACUUUUACAUACAUGACUCACGGCAACGCAUGGGUUUGGGCAAAAAGCUAUUUGAGACUAUGUUGAAUGAGGAAAAGUGGAAUCCCGUCAAGUGUUCUGUGGAUCGGCCGUCGGAAAAACUUUUGGGUUUUUUGAAGAAACACUAUGGCUUGGAGCGUGCGAUACCGCAAGCGAAUCAUUUUGUGCUCUACGAUGGAUUUUUCGAGCAUGAGAAGAGCAGCGAGAAGGUAACGGAAUUGACGCGUUCACGUAGAAUGCUCAUGACCAAUCGGUAUUUUUGAAAAGGCGAGUGAGCGUAUGACUGUUUUAGAAAAUAUACGGCAUAUUCAAUAUUAUUGACUGCCAUGAGAGAAGAACAGAGAAACGCUUGCAUAGUUUUGUAUUUGUAUAUACGUAUAUUUCCUAAAAUUUAUUAUAAAAAAAAAUAAUUAAUUGCCUAUUAAUCUGAAUCUGAACAGAACUAGACUUUUGAAAGGAAGAAUAAUAAUUUUACCAUAUAUAUGUAUUAA